AUGGUUUGGUCCCUCCGCCACGAGACCACAGCAGCAGCCCAAACCCACCAUCCAGCCCAAGUCCAGCCACGUCGCGGACCCCUUUCUCCAGCCCUUCCUCGACCCCAAAUUCGACCCCGCCGCCUUCCUAAACGCCUCGCUACCCCCGCUCCUGCCCUCCGCCGGCUCGGCGACUGGGACAUCAGCGGCGGCGGCCAGGUCCAGCGGCAACGGCGGCAAACCCCCGUCCCCCUCGCCGAACUCGCCUCCGAGUCCCAAGAACUCGUCAACACCCUCAACGCCCACACCACCCGCCUCACCAACACCCUCACCCAGCUCACCGACGACAUCCUCCGCAGCGGUAGCCGCUUGGCCUACCAGGUCGAGCUGCUGCGGGGCGAGGCCCUCGCCUUCGACGAGGCCCUCCACGAGACCCUGCGCAAGGAGGUGGAAAAGUUUGUCCCCGGCGGCUUGAACCCGGUAGAGCCUGCCACCGCCACCGCCACCGCUACGGCCGCCGCCGCACCCGCACCCGCACCCACCGAGGACAGGUCCGAAGCGGCGGACGAGGACAAGGCAGCAUCCGGAUCCGGUACCGGCACCGGCCCCGACGAGCCCGACUUCGUCAAGCAGCUCCGCACCCUCACGACGGUGCGCGCGCAGCUCGACGCCGUCAUCAAGGUCUUUGGCGAGGCCAUGGACUUUGUCUUCCCCCUUCCGAGCUCUCCCGAGCAGCAAAGCACCGAGGAAAAGGGCCAGCUCGUUCUCAAGUCGAUGCGCGACCAGGUGUCGACGCUCCUCGUCGAUGAAGAUCCCGUCCAUGGCAUCGAAAAGGCUGCCGAGCGGGUGGCUGAGCUCAAGGAGCUGUGCACCGUUUGGAAAGGCACGGCCGAGGAGAGUGGGCGGGCCAAGUUUAUUGCGAGUCUCGCCAAGAUCGUAGAGGACGCGCAUCGGGACCUCCUCAAGGAGCUAGAAUCUUCCACCAAGGCAGCCGGGGAAGGCCGAGAAAAGGCAGCCUUGCCAAGAAUUCCGGAAGCGCGGAGCAGAAGCCGUACUCUGGUGGCUACGGACUAA